GGUUCAUACUUCCUGCGAAUGCGAACUCAAUGCGAAUUUGAUGUGAAUUUGACGUCACAGCUCUGUUUUCGCUGCGAUAUUCGCAAGAGAGUUAAACACAACUCAACCCCUGCGAAAUAUUCGAUGCAAAUUUGUGACGUCAAUAUUUGUAUCGCUUUUGUAGGAAGUAUGAACUGAGCUUUAUGAUGAUAAGCAAACAUUUCCUUCUUAGAGAGGGAUGGAGGUAAAUUUGCGAGUUUAAAGAAAAAUGUGGUGGGGGACAUGAGGGCAACAGCAUCAACAAAAUUACUGACAAGGUAUUCAACUGGCUGAGAAAUGCGAUGUCUAGAAAUAAGUGUUUUAUUAAUUUAAGCAUUUCUGUAAAAUGUUUUUGGGGAUGAACAAAGUUUACAAUUACCUAGUCAGUUUCCCUUAGUGCUUUUAUUUUAAACUUUUAAGUGCCAGAAACUUGACUGCUUUCUGAUAAACAAACUAACAGAUUCAGUGAAUAAAUAACAGAUUGAAAAAUACAACAGUGGAAUACAGUGCCAGUUCAUUUUAAAUUUGAAGCUAAUUUUUUUGAAGGCAGUAUGAGUUAACUCCACAUCAUGUCAUUUUCAUUCCUAUUUAAAAGGUUUCUAUUUACUACUCAAGAGUUGUUUUCUUUUCCAGAAGAAUAAAACUCCCUCAUCCCACUAGGAUCAUGUUUAUAGUUUCCCCUUUGUCAGAGUAUCAGCCAUUCUAGACACCAAUCAAGUGGAGUAUAAAACACCUGUUUCGGUUAAAUUCAUAAUUUUGAUAUGUCUAUCGAUGUCCCAUGUUUUGUUUGACGCCAAACUUCAAUACAAUGAUUAACUAGAUAAGGGACCCAAACAACCACAAACUAAUCUCAUCUGAUGCAGAGAUAGUUCUUGUACAUGGUGAUACCGCACCGUGCUGACCUGGUUAAACUCCAAACUAAAAAGUACCAAAACUCACUAUUAGAGAAACCUACAAACAAACAUUCAUGCAUACAAACUAAUGGUCCCGGCUGUAACGUGGUAGUGCCACCCCAUCAUAAGUUGGACAGAUGGAAUUAAAAAAUACCAAUGCUCACUAUUAGAGAAACCUACGAACAAACUUUCAUGCAUACAAACUAAAUGGUCCCGGCUAUAAUGUGGUAGUGGCACCCCAUCAUUAGAUGGACAGUGCAUAAAGCGCAGAUGCAGCUGGCAGGAGAUCACUUUCUAAGCUCUCCACAAAGGAACAAGACAACAUGAAACUUCUUCUGGUCUUGUCGUUGUGCGUACUUGGCGCUUUUGCACAAAGCAAGACUUAUGCUGGAUACCAGGUGUUCCAGAUUACACCCCACAAUGACAUUCAGCACAAACAGAUGAGUAAUCUCAACUUCAUCUUUAACGAGGAGCUGGAUUUCUGGAGUAGCUCUCCUGUAAACCAACCAAGUGAAGUCAUGGUACCUCCACACCAUGUCGCCCAGAUGAAGAAUGAACUGGCAGACAUGGAACUUGACUACACCAUCAAGUGGAGUAAUGUCCAGACGCUGAUCGAGAAAGAAAAUGCAAAGAUUCAAAGUCGAGUCCCUCAAAAUACCUUAGCUUCUUUUGACUACAAUGUGUACCACAGCUAUCAGGAGAUCAUGAACUGGAUUACGAAUUUUGUCAACAGCGCACCCCCGACCAAACUCACACUCACUGAAAUUGAAGUUGGACGAUCUUAUGAGAACAGACAAAUCAAGGCAAUCAAGUUGAGCACAGGAAGCGGUCGUUAUGGUGCGUACACCCAGGGUGGGAUACAUGCCAGAGAAUGGGUGUCACCAGCCACUGUUAUCAAUCUUCUCAAAAAGUUUGUUGAUGGCUACGCAAAUGGUGACACCACUGCAGUCAAAUUCUUUGAGAAAUUUGAUUGGUAUGUCAUUCCUUUACUUAACGUUGAUGGUUACUUCUUCACCAGACCCGAAUCUAACCCAAGUGACAGAUUGUGGCGCAAGAACCGUCAGCCAACUACAAUUGCACAAUGUGUUGGAAUUGACAUGAACAGAAACUAUGGAUAUAAGUGGGCUAGUGGAGGUUCAUCUUCAAACCCCUGCUCCCAAGUCUACCACGGUGAAGCACCUUAUUCAGCUGGUGAGUUGAAGACAGUCACAGAUUGGCUUCUUAGCAUGAAGCAAACAUUCCACAUCCACGUCGAUGUUCAUGCCUUCAGUCAGUACUGGGUCUACCCAUACGGCUACUGCUACACUUCAGAAAGAAAGACUGCCGACCAUUAUGAUUUGCAAUAUGUUGCAAAAAAAUCCACAGAGGCACUGACUGCAGUGCACGGAACAUACUACAUUUACUCGACAGCCGGUGACUGGUACCCAGCAGCUGGAUCAAGCGAGGAUUUCGGCUACGAGAUCCUCAAGGCCAAAUACACGUACACCAUUGAGAUGAGAGACACAGGCGCAUAUGGCUUUGAGCUGCCCGAGAAUCAGAUCAAACCAUGUGGGGAAGAAACCUACGCUGGCUUCCACAAAUUCUUCAGUUUGGUCACUGAUGAGUACUAAAGCAAAGGUGACUGAGCCAGAUAAAAACCACUGAUCCCACUGAAGGAAAAUCAAAUAAAAACACCAAAAAUUCCCCCUCCCCCAAAUCAAAUAUUGAGAGUUUUAUAAAGUCGCCUCAUUACUGAAAUAAGUUGAAUAACAUCCUAAAUCCAUUGUGACCAAACAUAGAUACAUAGAGAGAGAACAA